AUGCCCAGAGGACUUUGGCUCUGGUGGCAGCCCCCAACAGACAGGCCCAAAGUGAGGCCCCAGCCGUCGGUGACAGGGCCCCAGCUGCAGGCCCAGCUGCCUCAUGUCUGGGCAGGUGGUGUGGAGCAGGCCCAGCUGCUUCUGGGCCCCAGCCCCCUCGCCGGCACAGACGCGCCCCCACAUUCCACGCCUGCCGCUUUAAGCUGGGGCUGCCACCUGCAAACCACUCACGUCACAUUCUCGGGGCAGUGGCAGGGUGGGGAGCGGCACACCCUCUGUGGGACCUAUAAGGCCGGGCACUGCCCGUGGGGCCACGUCCUCAUGGCCCUGACUGCUGCGGUGGCCCUGCUGCUCCUGGGGCUGCUCCUGGGGCUCCUGGGGCUCUGGGGGCUGUGUCGCGCCCCAGCCCCCAACCCAGCCCCAGCCCCACGCUGGCCCCCCGGGCCGCGUCCCCUGCCACUUGUUGGGAAUCUGCACCUGCUGGACAUGCGGAGGCUGGACCGCUCUCUGAUGGAGCUCGCAGAACGGUAUGGACCAGUGUUCACGGUGCACCUGGGUCACCAGAAGACAGUGGUGCUGACGGGCUUCGAGGCGGUAAGGGCGGCGCUGGUGGGCACCGGGCAGAAGCUGGCUGAUCGGCCACUCAUCCCCAUCUUCCAGCAUAUCCAGGGAGGAAGGGGCAUCUUCUUCUCGUCUGGACCCCACUGGAGGGCGGCACGCCAGUUCACUGUCCGAGCCCUGCAUGGCCUGGGCAUGGGGCGGGCGCCUGCCGCCCACAAGGUCCUGGAGGAGCUGGAGUGGCUCGUGGUGCAGCUGGACAGCUAUGGAGGACGGCCCUUCCCACUGCCCCUGCUUGGCUGGGCGCCCUCCAACAUCACCUUCACCCUCCUCUUUGGCCAGCGGUUUGACUACCAAGACCCUCUGUUUGUCUCGCUGCUGGGCCUCAUCGAUGAGGUCAUGGUCCUCCUGGGCUCCCCUGGCCUGCAGAUGUUCAACGUCUUCCCCCAGCUCGGAGCCGUGCUCCAGCUGCACCGGCCGGUCCUGCUCAAGAUCGAAGAGGUGCGCGCCAUCCUGAAGACACUCCUGGAGGCCCGGCGGCGCCAUGCGCUCAGGGGGAGCCCAGUGCAGGGCUACGUGGACGCCCUGAUCCAGCAGGGCCAGGGGGAAGAACCCCUGGGCCCGUUUUCCGAGGCCGACAUGGUGGCCUGCACCCUGGACAUGGUCAUGGCCGGCACGGAGACCACCUCGGCCACGCUGCAGUGGGCCGUCCUCCUGAUGGUUCGGCACCCGCGCGUGCAGGGCCGCACACAGGCCGAGUUAGACCGCGUGCUGGGCCUCCGGCGGCCCCGGCCCGACGACCAGGCGGCGCUGCCCUACACCAACGCGGUGCUCCACGAGGUGCAGCGCUACAUCACGCUCCUGCCGCACGUGCCGCGCUGCGCCACUGCCCCCACCCGGCUGGGAGCCUACUUGCUCCCCAAGGGCACGCCUGUGAUCCCUCUGCUGACCUCGGUGCUCCUGGAUAAGACCCAGUGGGAGACCCCCGAGCAGUUCAACCCUGGCCACUUCCUGGACGCGGAUGGGCGGUUUGUGAAGCGAGCGGCCUUCCUGCCUUUCUCUGCAGGUCGCCGUGUUUGCGUCGGGGAGAGCCUGGCCAGGACCGAACUGUUCCUGCUGUUCGCUGGCCUCCUCCAGCGGUUCCGCCUGCAGCCCCCGCCCGGCGACCACCCGGCAGCCCUGGACGAUUCGCCCGCCCCGGCCUUCACCAUGCGACCGCGGGCCCAGGCCCUGUGCGCGGUGCCCCGACGGCGCUGA